UGUCAGUGUCAAGGAACAAAUAAAUUAAAAUUUAUAAUGUUUAUUUCUUCCAAACCCAGAUAUUAUCGUUUUUUUUACGAUAUAUUGACUAAAUGUUAUUAAAUAAUGUGCUAUUGAUUGAACGUGAAAUUUAAUCGUGACUAUAAGAUUCUUUACAGUGAUCCUCAUAGAUGGUGUGCGGACUAUGAAGUCAUUCCCUAAUAAAACAAAAUGGUCAAAAGUAGCCCCAAAAACAAGUACCUACGAAGAUACCGGACCUGUUUCAUUAUUGGUAUAGUGAUUUUGUCGUUUCAAAUCCUUCUGGUGGCAAAUUUUUUCGCCCAAAAUAAGAAUUCCCUCUCACCUGAGACCUGGGAGCCCUCAGAUUUGGAAAGGGACUCAGGGUCGUUUAAUGAAGCAUUAAAUUCUGCCAGACGUAGCGACGAUGAAGAAACCAAUUUGCUAGCCCCUCAAGUAAAAAAGGCUGCCAAUAUUAGUCUUAUGUUAAAAUUAGAAGAACUCAAUAUUGAACUGCCAUGUCAAAUCACGGAGAAGCAGGCUCUCUCAGCCUUAAACAGAGCAAAGAGCCAAAAGUGUAGACAAAUCAUUGCAAACAUUUCUUGCCUUAAUUCUAAUGGCCAGUUAUAUCCUCAGGAAAUUCAGUCAACAUGUCCAAAUAAAAACUAUGUAAAAGGAAAGCAACUAGGGUGCUAUAAAGAUGAAAAAAAUUUUAGAAUAUUAACUGGGUACAUGGGGGUAAAUAAAAAUGAAAAUUCACCAAAAUAUUGUAUCAAUUUGUGUUUGCAGAGUGGUUUUCCCUAUGCUGGCGUUCAAUAUUCACAAGAAUGUUUUUGUGGAUCAGAUAGCCCUCCUCUUAGCUCAAAAAUACCAGAUUCAUCAUGCAAUAUGAAAUGCCCUGGGGAUCCGCAUGAGACCUGUGGAGGCUACUUUACCAUUAACAUAUACCAAACAGGAAUUAAAAAAUUUGUUCCACAAACUGCAAAUAACACCACGAAUGAACUAAAAUCUACUAAAAUAGUGUUUCUUUUAACACUUAAUGGAAGAGCCUUGAGACAAGUCAUUAGGCUUUUGAAGAAUAUAUACCAUAGGGAACAUUAUUAUUAUAUCCAUGUAGAUAUUCGCCAAGACUACCUUUUCCGAGAACUUCUCAGCCUGGAAAGCUUCCCAAAUAUUCGCCUUACAAGAAACCGAUUUGCCACCAUAUGGGGCGGAGCAUCGCUACUCCAAAUGCUUCUUUCUUGCAUGAAGGAGGUUUUGGCGAUACCAGAAUGGGAUUGGCAAUUCAUUGUGAACCUUAGCGAAUCAGAUUUGCCAGUAAAACGUAUUGAUAAGCUCUCUCAGUUUUUGAGUGCCAAUAAGGGAAUGAAUUUUGUGAAAUCACAUGGAAGAGAGGCUCAGAGGUUUCUUCAAAAGCAAGGCCUGGAUAAAACAUUCGUCGAGUGCGAAUAUCGAAUGUGGAGAGUUGGAAACCGGAAAUUGCCCGCUGGUAUUCAAGUGGACGGUGGGAGCGAUUGGUUGGCCUUGUCCAGACCAUUUGUGGAGUAUGUCACCAGCCCACAGCCUGAUGAAGUUGUUCAAGGUUUGGUGCAAGUGUUCCGACACACUUUACUCCCAGCCGAGAGUUUCUUUCAUACCGUUCUAAGAAAUUCCAAAUUCUGCGAUACUUAUAUCGAUAAUAAUCUACACGUCACCAACUGGAAACGGAAAUUGGGGUGUAAGUGUCAGUAUAAACAUAUCGUCGAUUGGUGCGGAUGUAGCCCGAAUGAUUUUACUUCCGAUGAUUGGACCAAAAUAUUAAACACCCAGACUAGGCCAUUGUAUUUUGCCAGAAAAUUUGAGGCUAUCGUUAACCAAGCAGUUAUAUUACAGCUGGAACUGUGGCUGCAUAAUUUAGACACCCCUUCGAAACAGGUCGCUAAUCUAAAUUCCUACUGGCAAAAUAUUUACCACCACAAAGACCUCGGAGUGCCAUUCGACGAUGCUUUAACGACAUUUUCGAACAGCAUUGCCCGACACACAGCUAAAACCUUGCCAAACUCUUGCCCUUUCACCGCCCUUAGUCCACUGUUGCAAGUUCACACCUACCACCGCAGCGACAUCUACAGAUCGACGUUAUUUUUAUAUAAAGAUAUCGAGGUUGCUGUAAAACCCAUAAGUAAACUUUUAGUAGCGGUAAAAAGCAGCCCUUUAUUGGACCAUUUAUCUUACAUGCUAGUAAGCAGCGAUUACGAUCAGAAAGAGCAGAUGAGCAGAAACUUUCUGAGGCUGUUAAGUCCGUUUUCAGAACCAGUACUCGCUUAUAAAUUUAAUCCAGUUAAGAUUUCCAAGCAGUAUAAUUUAACCUGUUUAUGGAUAGAUCCUGUGGGAAACUUAAGGGAUACCACGUUGGUUUCUGUGGACGAGAAUAAUUUAAGUGGACAUUCGAAACCCGCUUUGAAGCAGCCGAUUUUGCCUGGUACUUGGCAAGUGAAACUGCUCUACAAAGACACCCUAUUGGCACAGUUAACAUUCCCAAUCAUUCCCCUAGAGUUCUACUAUGGUAAACCGUUAACAGGCGACGAAAUGUUGUUUUUACACUCCAGCCUUGCCAAUCCCGGCAUAUCAGAGCAAGGCUACACCAAGUUUCUUCCUAACGAAACGGAAAAGCAGAUGCUCAAUGAACUAGCCAAUAAAAACGCUCAAAAGCAAGGCGAACAACUUUUAAAGUGGAUCGACAGUGUGGUGGACGCUUUUUUUAGUGUAGAGACCGUAUGCGGUACAGACGAGACGGAUAAUAAAUGUGAUAAAGUAUGUCGGACUACGGAGUGGAGCAGUUUGGCGCCGGAUCCGAAAAGUGCCAUUGGAAAAGUGAAUUCUACCACCGGGAUGUUUGAUGUGUGGUAACGAUGGUGGUUUUUUAGGGAUAAUAAUUGAAAUAUAGGUUAUCUGCUGGAUUUGUUAAAUUAUUAGUCAAGGGGUUUGGUUAAAAUGCCAUAUCAGGUAGCAUAAACAGAUUAUCUUUUUAUGACCAUCCUUGACAUGGUUUAUUUUUAACAGAUCUAGCCGUUUAUUCCGAUUUUUGGAGUUUGCGGGAUUGGGUGUCAUUUGAUAACUAACUUCGAAAAAAUAAAUUUGCCUUUAUGGUGUGGGUAUACAUAGUAUCAUGCACUUACCUACUUGAAUGAAUGAUCACACUUUUUCAUUAUUUAUAUUUGAAAAUGUACUGGAAGUUAAUUAUAAGGGGGAAUAAAAAAAGGAGACCAGAGGAAUAAUUUCACAUUACAGACAAGGUAUGUUAGAAAAUAUAUGAUUUUUUAAAAUAUUAUUUAAAGAAAAUUAUUAUUCAAAUUUCAAUUUAAAUUUGUGUCUUCACUUAUGAACAGUCGGUUUGUAAGAUAAUUUCGUGUAUAUCAGAAGCUUUUUCAAUUUUUAAAAAAUGAUUUUUAUAAAUUUUUGAUAAUAAUUCGUUCCAAAAUCACUAAAAGUAUUCUUUGCUUUAAGGUAAAAAAGUUUUUUGGUUACAUUGAAGGUAGUGCAUAAAAUUUCAGAGACCCAUUAUGGUUUAGUUGAACUUUAAAAUAUUUUAUUUCACAAGAAAAUAACAUUUUAUAGGGAAUCAUGUAAUGAUUAUUCCAGGCACUUAAUAUUGGGGAUUUUUGUUCAAAAUUUCAGCAUUUGUUAGAGAAAAUGUUAACAAAAUUUUAUUUAAAAAUGAACAACUCACGUCUAAGUGUUAUACUAAGUGAGGCAAAAUGAAAUCAAAUCUGUAUUGUAUUAAGAUUUUUGUCAAUUUUAACAAUUGAAACCCAAAAUAUGUUUUUUACAGUUUUUGAGGUUUCCUUCCUACAUCUCUUACAGUGCGCUUGAACCAACUUUAAAUAGGACGGUCGGAUAACAUUGAAUUUUAUUGUUGCAUUUUAUUCUAGGAACUUCAAAAAACAUUAACAAGAAAAAUUUAAAUCAUCCUUAGAGCCUUUUUUUUAAUUCACUUUUAUAAUAAAUUAAAAAAAAUGGGCUAUUUCUUUUUAAUUAAAUUGUAUUCAAAAUAUGAAAAAAAAUUAACAUUUUUUAUAUAUAUGAUUUAUAAAAAUGUUUAGCUUUUGCAUUAUAAGCAACAGGCAUAAACUAAAUUUAAUUGAAUAUCGCAGUAAAAAAUCAUUUAAACAUGAUAUGUCUUUUAAAUCUUAGAUAAAGAAAAUAACAAAUAAAUUAGAAGCAUCUGAGCAACUAAACUUUUGUAUUCACAGCAUACCAACAGUCAGUUACUUGUAACCUUUCAAACAAGGCAUAUUUCGUGUUUUUGUCUGUGCUUAACCUUUUUUUUUUGUAUCAAAAUAUCAUUUUCUAAAGAUUAUGCAUUAGCUAAAUACGAACGUUGAACGACACGGAGACUUUAAAAAAAAAACAAUUUUAUUUCUAAAAGUACAAAUUGACAGUAUAACGUGCAGCAACAGAAACAAUGAGAUAAAGCGACUUACUAAAAUCUAAGGUUUAUAUAAGGCAAAAAGUACUGAUGUAGCCAACCCCGCAAGUGGGUAGAUUUACACUGGAGAGUCAGCUCUUCUUAGGCAUAUAACUCCUCCCUCCUUAAGAGGCAAACAUAAUGGAGUGUUUGCUCUUCUGGCUCUUCAGGGUUGGAAGUGGCAGGUCCAGGUUUUGGCUUCUGGCAUCUUGGAGGCUUAUACUGAAAAUGAUGAUGUCAUCCAUGUAUACCAUGCAUACUUUAUUUUGAAGAUCUUUUAGAACUUCGUACAUUACACGUUGGAAAGUACUAGAGCAUUUUUAAGGCCGAAGGGCAUCCUAAGAAAUUCGUAGUGCCCGUUAUCUAUAGAAAAAUCGGUUUUUUGGAUUGAAUUCUGUGCCAUUUCAAUCUGAUGAAACCCGUUGGCUAAAUCAAGGGUGGAAAAGUAUUGUGAACGUCCUAGUUUGUCAAGCAUGUCAGUGAUAUUAGGGAUUGGAUAACGAUCGUCUAUUGUCUUUUCAUUGAUUUUACGGUAGUCAAUGACAACACGCCAUUAUUGCUGUUUGGAUGCGUCUAAUUUCUUAGGCACAAUCCAUAGGGGGGAACUCCAUGGACUAGUAGAAGGUCGAAUUAUUUCUUUCUCGAGCAUAUCACUUAUUUGGGAUUUUAUUUCAUGCUUGUGUGCAUAGGGGUAUCUGUAUGAUUUAGUGUGUACAGGGACCUCAUCGCUAGUUUUUAUUUCAUGCUUUACUUUGGACGUAAAGGAAAGUUCGUCUCCUGGUUUAUAAAAUAUAUCUUUGAAUUCGUAGCAUAAAUUAAUUAUAGCACGCGAUUCUUUAGAGUUUAUAUGCUUUGAACGAAUAAGAUUUCUUAUAUCGUUAUUGCAUGGUGAAUUUUGAAAAUAUUUAUUUUUUGAAAUUUGCUUAAUACAUUCGUAUGAGAGAAAUUCAAAUGGUUUUCCAUAUUCUGACAGUAAAGGGAUUGUAGCUUGAUACUGAGUAUUUUUGCUACCUACAGCUGUCUUUAUUAUGUUUUUAGAGUUAUAAUAUACAAUUCGGGAAAUAUUUUUCUGCAAUAUACGGUUUUAGUAUAGAUCUACUACUACCAGUGUCGAUCAACAAUUUUUUUUUGGGGGAACUAACUACAAGAUAAGGUAGCGAGUUAUAAGAAGAAAUAUUUAUUUAUAAUAUGUUGUUUGGUCUGUUAUGGAUAGGUCUUGAAAAUUUAGAGAGUCACUAUUAGGAUACAUUCAUUUCCGCACCCAUGCGGGCCAAUCACGGUGCUUUGUCUGUGAUUGGCUCAGAUAAUUAAGGCGCGUAUUUCAAAUCUUAUUAUAAGAGGAAUUAUGGUAUUUGAGAAAAAUAAACAUACGGAACGUUUUACUUACGUAAAGAAAUUGUUUAUUUUCAGCAAAUGAUGGUAAAUAAUUUUGUUACAUGAUCUUAUUAAUUUUGCUUUUACUAAAAUAGAAUUUAUCUCAUUUCAGGCACUUAGUGGAUAGCUUUGAAUUAAUUCUCAGGCUCUAAACUCCGCUCAAUUAAAAUUUAGUAUAUAGCCAUAAUAAUGGAAAACAUUUCUUGUAUCCUUUUUCGACAAUGUAAAAAGACCAAUAUUUUUCAGGAUCUGAGCUUAUUAAAUAUGAAUAAAACAACCAGAUUAUAUUUUAGUAAAGUAGCUUUAUUCAUAACACUGAUGCAGAAUAUUCAAAAUUUAUUAUAUCAACUUCAUUUAUUAAGCAAUCUACUACCUAAUAUAUAUAUAACAUAGUUGCACAAACGGUUCUAUUUACAAAAGUUGAAAACAAAUACCAAUAAAUAUGAAACAAACACUAAUAUAUUAGUUAAUUAUAACAAAGGCAAAAUUAAAAUUAAAAAAUAUAUUUUAUAGGUAUCCUUCACCAUAAGCCAACGAAUUACAUGAAUAUAAAUAGCCAACACCACUUAGAUAUAAUACCGGAAUAGGUCACUCACAAAAGCAAUGUCAUUCAGUAAUGAAAUAGUUAUAAACAUUUUAUUAUAAAUAAAUUUAUUUAGGUUUUUUGUUGAGAUAAUACUGCUGCUUUUCUAUUUUUCUUUUUUUACUCAUCACCAUUUCUUUUUGUUUUACUGUCUGCAUAAAAUUUCUAAAAUUACCCAUAAAUUUUUCUAAAUCAUGUUCACCCAAUCCACUACCAUAAUUACGAAUUUCAGAGCAAAACUGUUCUAGACAAAUCUACAAUUUUAUACCAUACUAUAUUAUAGAACUACCAAAUAAAAUUAUUGUUAAACUAAAUACCUCACGCUUUCUUUCAAAAUCAGUUGUCACAUUCAAUCUAUUUUCAGUCUCGGCAAGAAAAUGAUUUACUUCAUCCUCAUAAUCUGUCUUGCUUGUUGAAGGUUCAUUGACAUACAGAUUAUUAUCUUCUUGCAUUUCAUCCAUGAAACCUGAAACAUAUUCGCUCCUCUGCUCAAAUAAAGCUACAGCAUGUAUAUGCUUACACAUGACACUUUUAACAGUAUAUUCUGGACAAUCACAAUUAUAUUUAUGUUUACAUAUUUUACACUUCUCACAAUACAUUGCCCUACAGUCCUCAUUAUAAUUUACACAAUACAAUUUAUGAUUAUCACUAAACGACCUUACCUUAAAAUGUCCUAAUUCAGAAUAUGAUACAUUACCGUUAUUACCCACCAUUUCUUCUGCUUUUUUAUGUGCACUCUGACAUAUUUUGUGCUGAUAAUUAUUUGCAUUUGGCCUUUCCAUGUUUAUAAUCCUUUUCCACAUUCUUUCAUCAACAAGUUCAUCCAGUAAAUCCAACAGUUUUUGAAUCCUUUUAAGAGAAAAUAUAUUUUCUACAUAUUUUUUUUUGUAAUGUGUUAAUAAAGUAUUUCCUUACCGAAUAUUCUGCUUUCCAUUCAUUUUGUUGUACUUCAGAACUUUAUUUAAGCUUUCAAUUGCCAUAUUUGUAUUAAUUCCGGCAUUGAUUCUAUAACAAUGUGCCCACAUCAUUAUUCUCUCUUGACUUUGGAAAUAGUACCUAAAAUAUUAAAGAAUUAAUUACAUUUGUUUUAUAAUUUUUUAGUGUUGACUUUUUUAGUGAAGUACUUUUUCAGGUAAUUCUGAAAAUUAGUUUCCUCCUCUUCUUCUAAUUGCCUAAAAUAGUUCUCUUUCAGCUGUAUAAAUUUUUGUGGAUCAGUCUCCUUUAAAAUUUUCCUCAUUUCAUGUUUCAUUAUCUGUCUAUUUUCCAACUUCUUGAUUUUAGACCUUCCUGUAUGUUCCAAUUUUUCACUAUAUGCCAGGUACAAAGUAAUCUUCUUGGUUUAUGUUCUACAAAUAAGUGAAAAAAUAACAUAAAGUAACUAAUGAUCUAUGAUACUGUUUGAUUAUUCAGUAUACACAUACCUGCAUCCAUAGCCAUUAUCCAUGCAUUGUAAUAUUUUGGAUCGUCAUCACUCAUUAUAUAUUCAGCUUGAACUGCUUCCCCUAAUCUAGUUUUAAGUGCCCUAAAAAAAAACCUCUUUAAUUAAUUGAUCUAAUCUGUUACUUAGUAAGAAUGCCACUGGAAAACCCAUAUUUUGUUCAUCUCUUAUUAACACAAUUGUCAAGUCCCAGUUUCUCCUAUUUGUUCCAUGAGUUCCAUCUAUACAGAUUAUUUUUGGAAAAUCUCUUAAUUUUUUUUCCAUAAUAGCAUUCAUAUAUCCAACUGCAAAAUCAUCUUCUUCUAAUCCUGGAUAAGUUUCUCCUAAAAUACAUUUAAACAACAUUAACUUGUUAAGAUAAUAUUAAUAUAUAAAAUUGCAAUUCGAACCUAUCUGUUUAAAUAAAAAUCCAUGAUUUUUUCCAUCACUGUUCCAUUCCUGAAUUUUUAACACUGUGGCUAUCAUAUCAUUACUGUCCCUUUUCUUGUCAAUAUUAAAUUUUCGUAUUAGGUACUCUAAAUGUCCUCUUGUUAUACAAUUUUUCCUUUGUAGUUUAUUGCCGUCUACGCUUCUGGCCUCCUGAAUAAUUCUCUUGUUUGAAAUUCCUGCUGCUAAUUUAUUCACAAUUAUCUCCUGUUCCGAUUUUGUUAGCCUUUUGCUUCUUAAUUCGUCAGGGUGUCCUAUGUGGGUUUCAAAAAAUCUUACUCUAAUCACUCCUGAAAAAAUGUUAUAUAAAUGAAUAAAUGUUCUAUUUUAAUAAUUAUUAAGAAAAAAAAUACCUACCAUCUACUAGAAUUUUAACUAUUAUUCUUGAUGGACAAAUUCCUUGCAUACGAAUGCUUCCUUUAGACUUUAAAUACCGUUGCAAACAUGUACUGACAUAUCCUAAAACAUGAUUAAUUAUUAAAAAAUUACUGACUUACAUAAUUAUAAAACUAACUAGGUACCUUUUGAAUCACUUCUAUUACAAUUAUAGUAAAUAAAUUCUUCCCCAUUAGCACAUUUCUUUCUUCGAUGAACAGCAUAAUCUACCUCUCUGUUUUCUGCAGACCUCCAAAUUUCAAACUCUGCCAAAUUCCUAAAAUUUAAAACAGAUUCUUUAAUAUGUAUAUUAUGAAUACUAUGAAAGUGUCUUAUUAAAGAAUCAUAGGAUGUAAACUUCUCUUUGUCCAGGCAAAGGGGGCAAAUAAUGUGUUGGCUCUCUUUUUCACUCUGUUUUUUAUUAUGUAUAUCCCUCAUAUGCCGAUACAAUGUUGAAGUAGAAGAAAAUGACUUUCCACAAUCUUCACAUAUUAAUUUAUUAUCCCUCAAAAAAUAUAUACUGUUCAAUAAAAUUUCACAAAGGUACUUAAUUUUAAAAGCACUUACCUGUUUAUAUCCAUGUUCACCGAAUAAAGGUGUAGUAAAUUAAUGUAAAUAUACAGUGGUGUUUUGAAUUUACAAGGAAACAAGAUAAUGUAAUUAAUAAUAAUUACUCUUGGUCGCACAAAUUGUAAAUAAGCAACAAAACGUUUCAAAAACUCAAAGCUCAAAGCUGAAAAUUGAAAGUGAGGUUAGCAAACCACAUCAACAGUCCCGCCGAUUAUUUCGACGAUGCCGACUGACAAAAUCCGAAAGCGAUCCGUGAUUUCAUUGGCCCGCAUGGGUGUGGAAAUUAAUGUAUCCUGUCACUAUUAUAGAUUUCAUUUGAAUGUUGGGGAGUUUUCUCUUGUUUUUUUAAUUCCACAUUUUGAUCAAUUUCAUCAAAAUAGUCUUGAGCAUAAUCUGUUUCCUAAUUAUCAGCAUAAUUGGUGCAAAAUGCGCCUUCAUAAUUAUCGGAAUAUUCUCGAGAGGAUUCAUCAGGAUAUUCCUGGUGAUUUAAUUCCUGGAAUAUGAAGUCGGGCUUUACAUUUGGGUUUGUUUGGAAAUAGUUGCGAUUUCCAUACUGUGGGGGUGGUCUGAAACUUCUCAUAGAAGUAUUUCUAGAAGUGGUGGACAUUGGUUCCGGUUUUGGUAAAUCCCGCGGAUUUAUUUGACCGGGUUUGAAGACAUUCUUUGGUUUUCCAAGAACUUGACUGUUUGUGAAAUAUUUUUGGGGCGGUAACUGCUAUGGGGGUGGCAUGUUAACAGGGCCAGUUGGAAAUUGGGAAGUUUGCAUUUGUGGUGUGAAAGAGUUACGUUGAUUAGGGAACUAUGGUGUUUGAUAGUACUGUUGUUGAUUGGGCUGUGAAUUAAAGGAGUUAUUGUACAUUUGUCUGUUAUUUGACUGAAGGUUACUCGGGGGAUUACUAUUCCUAAAGUUAUUAUAUACAUUAUUAUUAGCAUUGUGACUAGAUUUUUGAAACUUAUUUGUUUCGAAACUGCCAUAAAGCCUUUCGAAAUUUUCGAACUCUUUAAUAUAAGCCAUUGCGUCUUCAAGACUGGCGGGCCUUUUUAGAUGCAUAAUAUUUUUUUGAACGCCUGUACAAUCUGCAAUAAAAGUGUUUAGGGCAAAUUUUUCGUAAUGUUUAAUGUGGCAUAGUUUUUCAUUAGUACUAUAACUAGAAUCAUUACCUAUUUUUUGAGCAAUAUCGCUUCUUAAAAGUUGAAGCCUAUUACCAAAACUUAACAAAUGUUAAUUUUUGUAAGGUCUGGUUUUAACUAACUCUUGAGUUAGACAAUCCAGAUCUCUACGGUCUGAAAAGCAUUGUAUUAAAGCAUCACGUAAAGUAAAGUAAAGUAAGUAAGUAAAGUAAACCAAUCAGUUAUUUCGGUGCGGUUACCGACUAAACUUUCAGCUCUAUUUUUUUUUACCUUUUUUGUUUUCUGAGAUUUUGAGCCAGUAAGAACUAGUUUUCUCUUUGCUGCUUCAAUUUUUUUUCUUCUUUUCCUUUCUUAAUUCUGGCAAGUUCUUGAAGUUCAUCCUUGAAUAGAAUACUAGAGAGUAUUUCGGAUUUCUGUGAUCUUGAUCUAGAGCGAUUUGGUUUUUUUUUUAAUUUGCGGCAAAGGUAAAAUUUCUGAAGCUGGGAUCGACCGAUUUAAAACCUCUUCCUCAAAAGUAGACGAAUUCUUUGAUAUAAGUACCCCGUCUUCACAGACUAUAUCAAGGCUGGCAAUAUCCAACGGUGGAGGUGUUGCAUGUAUCAGAAUACUCGUGGAUGGUUCGGGAUCAUCUAUUUCCACCACAACUUCAUCAUUGAGCUGGCCAUUCUCUGCAUAAUUGGGUGCGUCUGUUACACAGGAAGGGGCAAAAUCAUCAUCGUUAAACUGAUCCGGACUAUAGGGAUAUAUUCCGGAAGCUCUGAAUGAGUUUUCUGAUUUUCCAAUAUUGGCGACGCUGGUGUACGCUUGGUUAAAUAAUUUGGCAACUUUCAUCUGCGUUAUUACCUUUCCAGGGUUACUUACCGUCCACUUAUCACACUAUCUAUUGUAAGCACACUUUAAUGGGCCAAAGAAACCAACAUCCAGUGUUUGCACCCUGUGGCUUGCAUGAGGUGGCAGGGAGAAUAAAUCAAUAUAGUUAUCACUGCAGAAGUUUAUUGCAUCUAGGUCACGGUGAGAGGAAUGGUUGUCGAGGAUCAACAGUACUUGAUUUUCGGCACUAGGUUUGCUGUAGCUCUUGAAAUGCCGCAACCACUGACAAAAUUAUUCUUUGUUUAUAAACCCAGAGUCCGAUAUCAUUUUGCAGGUACCAGUAGCUACAUUUAAAAAGAGCUCAUCUUUCAUCCUUUUUUUGGAAAUAUCAUGCCUCCGUAACGCUAAAACAACUUUUCCGACCAGUUUUUUGCCUUUGCUAGAUAAAACCUUGGGUAAGUUAUUAGGUUCUGUGGAUACCCCUGUUUUGUCUAUGUUGUGUAUUGAAUUUGGUAGGUAGUUUCUUUUUUCAUAAAGAGUCUUAAGAUUUUUAAAAAACCGAUCUUCCUGGCUUUUAUUGAAACCCAUUUUUCUGGCUGCCGAAGUACUAUUUUGUGUCUUUGACAAGACCCUUUUACCCACGAUUCACCUGCCAUUUUUUAAUAUUGCUGAACCUGUGCUGAAGUUUGUUAGCUUCAGCAAACUUAUAAGCCGCUAUUUUCAAAUCUUUCUUGGUAAGCCCAUAAAAUCUAAAAUCCUGGUCCCUUACUUGUUGGGCUAAAUCAGCCUCCAUAUCUAAAAGUAUAUAUUAGUUUUGAAUCGUCCUAAGGAGCUGGGGAUCGUUCCUGCUUUUAACCGUUUUCUUAGUGUUGCUUCAUUUAUUCCCAUUUCCCUGGCUAUACUUCUUUUACUAAAACCAUCUGCAAUUUUUUGCCUAAUCUCUUCCAUAUUGCCUUCGGUGAACACUAGCUUCCGCUCACUUUUUCUUUUGUAACGGCUCAUAUUUCAAAGGUGUUAAUCUGAAAAAAAACGUUGAUUUCUAUGCUAUAUUCACUAGAGCUUUAUUUUAUAUCUUAUAAGAGUACGCACUGCAAACUCUUAUGCAUUGCUUACUGCGUACUUUUGUGCAUAUGUUGAUAAUUUUAGAUUUUGCUUAAUAUCUUCAUUAUUAACCUACUUUUUAGCACUGUGGCUAAAUUUUAGCCACACAAACAACAAUAUUCUAAAAAAGCAUACAAUAACGUGUACUAACCUGUAACGUUCGCAGGUACCUCACAAAAUACUAAUUAUUAUCAACCACCAAUAAUUAGAUCGCUAACCCAUGCAAACACUUCUCGGCCAUUUUUAAAACAGGUGUGUCGAUAAUGUAUAUUUCUAUUUUUGUAUCCAGUCUCGUAUGCUAUUUGGAACAUGACUGACUGCAUAGAUAAUUUAAUAGAUGGUGAUAUGUAUUAAAAAUAAGCCUGCGUACUUUUAUACAACAUAACCCUACUCGUUACAUAUCGUUACUCGGCUAAUAAGUAAUCAUUUGAUGUAUUUGUUACUUUGAUUACUAUGAUUAUUGUGUUGUUUUCAAUAAUAUUGGCGUAUAAACUACUGUUAUUUUUGGUGUUGUUAUAUCGAAAAACGAUAAUGAAAAAAUGUUUUUAUUGUUUUAAGAACAUUUAUUUAUUAUAAUAAUACUGAGAAUAAUUUAAUAAUCGUGAUAAAAACGGACGACAACAGAAGACUUAGAAAUAAGGUACCGUCGGGUAAUAAGGCCAGGUUAACAUUCUUACCUUUUUAUUUAAUAACACAUACACAUUUUCGACUUUGUGCAUAUAAAAAAGGUAACUAAAGUAUUUGUUUCACAAAAAUAUUAAUGAACAGAACCUUUAAAAACAUAUGAUACCAUUUUGAAAGUAGAAUAACAAAAAAAUGCAUUUUGGUCUUAUUACCGAACUUAACAUUAAUUUGUUAAUUAACGCAUAAAAAAAGAAAAAAAACAGUUAUUCUUAAAAAAAAUUAAAAAAAAGAGAGACUAAGAGCAAACAUGGUACUUAAAAAAAUUCCUCGAUGUCAUCUGCAGUAAGGCCGACGCAUUCCUCAUGCACCCAUAUUCCACAUAAUACACAGGAUCGCAUAUCAGCUACAUAAUCCUUAUCACAAACGGAGCACAUCGAGUCUUCUUCUCUAGCAGCUCUGCUAGUGCUCGGCAAUUAAAUCGAUUUCCUUGAUGAAGUGAUUUUAAUUUUUUUAGAAUUGGGAUCUUUAAAAACAUACCUUUUUACUUCCUGAGCUCGAUAGUUCAGGGAUUUUUUUUCGUGGUUUGGUUUUAACUGGCGGCAUAUCGGGAGUAAUGAGCUCUUUAGCAAAUUAGUUAUUUAGACAUUGUGCUUCUUUUUCGAUUAACUGAGCUAAUGGAAUUUCAUCUUCUGAGUCCCAGUGGUCUUCCAAACUAGUCGGAUUACUGAUUUCAACAUCAGACAAAUUGGGCGCAUUGUUUUCUUCAUUGUGGCGCUGCGUAGGAAGACUGGGAGCAAAUGCACACUCCGGUAUCGCAUUUUUGUUAAAAAGGUAGAUCCCGGUUGCUCUAAACCCACUACAGAUGUUGCUGAUGCUCAUACACUUACCCCAAACAGGAGUAAAGACAUCUGAGAAUCUUUCUUUAUUUAAUCUUCUGUCAGGAUGUUGAUCCCAGUAAUCUACAAGCUCCUGAUACCAGUGGGCUUCAAACGACCGGAGACACAAGAAACAAUUGUAACGUUUUCUCCGGGCUCUAAAGCUACGAGGUGUACACGUUUCGCUCCUUUUUUGCCAGCACAGUUUGCUGAUGAUGUAAGCUUAGCCUACAGCCUUUUUCAUCCAAAAAUCCAUCAAGCCGAUACCGACCACCAUUCGAGACAUGGUGGAAAAUUUAUUCUGUAUACCAUUUACGGUACAAAAUCGACGAUACAAAAUCGUACCAAUUGCGGAGUAUCCUAGAUGUUAAUGGAUAGCCAACAUCUGCCAAACGAAUAGUUCUUCCAGACAGUUCACUUUCCUGAUUUACAGUUAAUACUGGUCUCCGCCCCAUUACUGCUUUAUUAAUUUGGUUUUUAUCAACAUACCGAGACAGAGUUCUUCUUAGUAUUCAAAAUGCCUUUGAAGCACCUUGACGAGACAUUCGACCUUCUUGCACAGCUUCAACUGCAUUUUUUAAGUCCUCCCUGCUCCAUUUACUCCGAAUGCCUUGGUUUCUUGUCUUCGUAGUCAUAUCUGUAGUAAUUUAUUCCAAUAAGUAUGUGCAUUAGGGUGGAGCGAAAACUGGACCAAAAUAACUAAUUUUCGAAAACGAAUAUGCCUGGGUGUGCAAAAGAUGCCUUUCGGGGUUCUUAUUUACCCAAAAAAAUCCGAAUGACUUAUGACGAUUCCAUCGGCUGCCGAAAUAACCUUAAAAAUUUUAAAAUUAAAAAAAUCUUUAAAACUGCAAAAAAAGCCAAACAUGCAGCUCUCAGCUAGUUUUUCAUGAAAAACUACCCAGAACUCACUACGUGGAUGAAUGGUGCAACGUGGAGGUGGCUGCAUCUCGAGUUCCACCCUACCCUCCCACCCUUAGAAUAAUUUUUUUUAUUUUUUCUGUUCUAGAACUGCUAAGAAUUGUUUUUUAGUAUCAAAUUGCGGCAAUAUUUGUCUUGAUUCAAUACGAGCUCUAAUAAAUCCGUCUCGUGCUUCAGGGCCAUAAACCGCCAUAGAGGCUUCAGUAACUAACUUAACUGCUCGUUCAACUGCUUGUGAAUGACAAGAGAAUUUUAAUAACCCUAUUUCAUCAGGAACCAAAGAAAUCAUGUUAGUUCUUCGUUCGAAAUUUUCAUUGUUAAUACGCGCAACGCUUAUAACAAAAUUUUGCCAGUCAAUCAAGUCGACAUAAUCUUGACAAUCAAAAUUCAAUUUAUUCACGCGAAAUAUUCUAACAUCCUCGGUUUUUGCGGUUGAUCUGCAUUUUAAAAUCCUUCUUAAAGCUAACUCUCGAAUAUGUUUUCUAUCAUCUCCUAACAUGGCUGAUAAAAUAUUAUCUGGGUGCGCAAAAAAUCCAUUUCUCUCAAUUACGGGAUCAAUACCUUUUUUUAUUUCUUCAGGGAGUUAACGAGAUUUAUUUAUAAUGCUAAACAAGUGCCUAGCAAUCUUACAAGCCUAGCAUCCUUACAAGACCAAUGGCAUUUAAUUUGAAACCAGCAUACGGCAUACACUUUUACUAUAAACUCUGUUAACAUUUUAAGGUUUUGAGAGGGCUCAUUGGGAGCAACGUAUAACCUUAGGACUCUAUUGGCUGUGGUAAGCCAUCUAGAGUGUGACAUUUUCCCUAGCGCUUUUAGAGCCCAAUUGUCUUUUAAAACUCCAGUAGAGAUUCCUUGACACAUCUCAUAUAAAUACUUUGCAUCGGUACUUACGGUUUCUAGAUCAACUAAUGGUAAAAUUGUUUCAAUUUUCUCAAACUGUACGACUGGUAAAUUUCACACGAUUCAAGGGUCUUCCCAAUGGCUCCUUCUGAUAAUUAAAGAUAGAUGGGAUUCUGUCUUUAAUUAUCGAAAUUUUAAGGAGGUUUCGGCAGCCGAAGAUAUUGUUUUUGGACGUUUAGUUUUUUUUGGCUCACUUGAGAGUACAAUAGGCACCUUUUAAACAUACAGGGUGGUUAAAUUUUAAGAAAUAAAAAAUUCGCUAAAUUAAUAAAAAACAUAAUAAUUUCCGAAAUUUUAAGGCACUUUCGACAGCCGAAGAAGUUGUUUUCUGACGUUCAGUUUUUUUUUGGCUUACUAACGACUACAAUAGGCACCUAUUAAGCAUACAGGGUAAUUAAAAUUCCAGAAAUCGAAAAUUCGCUCCACCCUAAUGUGCAUAUUGCCAGCAUUACAUGGUGGUCAAAUUAGGUUAGGAUAUUUUUUGUCUAAGCUCUUUUCUUAAAUUUGUCCCUUUUUAGUUCAAUACCCACUUUAUCAUCCUCUAGAACACAAAGCAUUUCAGUAUAUCAUAACUCUUUUAUCGCAACUUUAUAGUAAAAAACUUAAAGCUUAUUCUUAUAGCGCCGCAUUAAAAAAAAAACAGAUUGUAGCCAUAUGACGUGUUCGGCGCUUACAGCUGAUCGAAUUGUUCAUUCUAAUAUGAAAUUAGGAUAACAACAAAACAUGGGUAUGGUGUAUGUCGCCAUUUCUCUUAAAAUAACCAAACUAUGAGCCGUGGGCAUAUUGCCAACAUACGCAUAUUUUAUUCAUCUAUCUUACUUAACUUAUUGCAAUAUAAAAAAAGACUUAUGCGGGGUAUAUAGAACUAUCGGCCAGAUUUUAAAAAACUACGAAGCUCGUAUGUACACCCUCCAAUUUGUUCUUCAGAGAAAGAUAAAGAAGUUAAGGAAAUGAUUCCUCCUCGUGAAUUACGUUUAAUGAUAGACGUAGUGAAUCAUUUAUUUAAGAAUAUCUCAACUGAAUUUGAAAAAGAAAGUUUAGAGUGGACUAAAUGGUGCGACGUUUCUCAAGACUUUUUUAUAAUGGUAGUCUUUUACUGGAAAUGCUUGUAAGACUAUAUUAGAAAAAAUUGAUCUUUUACCAUCAAACCAACAAGUAAGAUACGUGUUUUAUACAAUGUUUCCAAGAUUUUCUCGAUGUCGUUAAUUCUUGUUUUUUACUUGGACUUGCAUUAAAAAAUUUCAUAAACUUGGUUUCUUAGAUUCAGGAAUUAGUGUUACUCCAAAGGUGCAUACUGUAAUACAUCAUGUGCCGUAUUUUUGUAAUAAAAAAUAACUAGGCCUUGGGUUUUAUAGUGAAAAAUAAAUGGUAUCAGUAUAUGAAGAUUUGAAGAAAACGUAGCAAAAGUUUAAAGUAAUGAAAACUUUGCUUUGUUUUAAUUUUUUUUUUAAUGUUAACCUUAAAAGUGAGUUUAAAAAACUGCUUUAAGGACGAUUUAUAUUUUUCUUGGAAAUGUUUUUUAAAGGUUCCUAGAUUAAAAUGAAACAACAAAAUCCAAUGUUGACCCUCUCAUUUAAAGUUGGUUCACCGUGCUCUUAUUCGAGAUAAUACCACUCUGUAGAGUUUAUCAAUAAAUAAAUAAGGUUAUUUUGAUUUGGUAAUUGAAACAUAAAUUUUUGAAUUUAAAACGUUAUGAUUCCAGGCACUUGAAUGGAUUUAAAAAAAAAAAUUAUGUCAACGUUCAAUACAUUUUUUAAAAUAAUUCGAAAACUGUGUAGUUUUUCAAAUAAAUAAGAAGCUGUUUGAUGAUAGAUUAACGUUAGAUCAUGAAAUAACUGACAUUGAUUUAAUUUUUCAAGGAAAACGAAUUUAUUCCCCACGGCUCAAAAUUUGACUAUUGCAAAGGUUUAAGUUAAAAAUUAAUAAUUACGAAUAAGUCCAUACGGACAAGAACUAAAAUAUACUGAAUUCUAAUACAUAUUCAGUUUUUUAACGAAGAAAUUGGCAUAUUUUCUUGUGACGCGUUGUAUAAUGAUAUCGUUGUAUUGAUCUUAUCAAUUGAAACCCAAAACCAAAAAGAUCAAAACUAUAGUUUAUAAGGAUAAUUGUGAUAAAAAAAUGGUGCUCAAUUCUACUUAAGUCUGACCGAAAGUAGUUAAAUGAGAGAGCGUCAUUUUAUUAAUUUUUAGCUUCUUAUACCCGUUUGUGUUUCCUAAAGUCCGAAUUUAUGUCGUAGACAUUCCACUCCUUUUUAGUGGCCAUCCUUUGUUUGCCAAUGUGUAUUUAUGUUUUAUUUGUAGCGUAGUUAGGGUAUUUUAAAUAAUCUGGUAUCUAAAGAUUCAUUGGAAUAAAAUCCAGGAAUCUUUGGAUCGAUAUUGAGUUGACCAAAAAAAAAGUGAGCCAGUAUUUUUGUAUUUUAAUGCGGCACAGUGUUAGAAGUUAUCAAGGGAUUGUUGAUAAAAUAUCACUUAUUUGGCAAUAGUUAUUAAGGUUAACGUUUCUUUUGUGACUCGAGUAGAAGCCGUAUAAUAAAAAUUUUAAAAAUAAAGUCCUAUUUAAUUAA